AUGGAGCGGACUUCGUCGUGGCUGGUGGACAGCGGCGCAUCCUCCCAUAUCUGCUCGGAUCGUUCGCUGUUUUCGUCUCUCAAGAAGCCCAACGAAGAGAUCCUUGUUCGUUUUGGUGGAGGAGAAACUUACAAGGUCUUGGGAGUCGGCACGGUGGUGGCUACUCUUCGGUCACCAACAUCGGAAACCACCAUUCAGCUUGACAACGUUCUAUUUCUCCCUUCAUCAGUUCACAACCUGCUCUCUGUUCGUGCGCUUGGUGCUGCCGGCGUUGCCGUCUCGUUCCCCGCUGCUGGGCGCGUUGUUCUCACAUCUGAUGACGUUCCUAUUGGCGAGGGCUACACCCGCAACAAUCUGUUUUAUCUUCAACUGCAUCAUGGGAGCAGUGCUGCUCCUUCUAUCAAGCCAACUGCAUGUCCAGCCUCCACCACCACCUCCUCGUACCUCUGGCAUCGUCGUUUCGGGCAUCUCAACAUGCAGGCCUUGUCAACACUUCAUCGGCAGCAGCUGGUCACCGCCCUCUGCACCGCCUUCCGACGACUCUCGCGACCCUCCAUCGUCAUCUCCACCCACAUCCUCCUCACUACCUCCUCCUACACACCCUUCUUCCUUGGACCCAAUCUCCCCUCCCUCUCCUUCCCCCACCAUACCUUCCUCCACCAACCCCCACCCACAAUCCCCAAACCUGCCCGCACCAGCCACAUCUUCUCUUCCUCCAUUGUUUUCCAACCUUCCUCUGCCCUCGACGCCGCAAGACUUUCACCUUCCAUCCUUCUCUCCUCCCUCUUCGCCUCCCCCUCCCCAUUGCACGACUCGCUCCUCCCCGCCAUCCCCUUCAGCUCUUCCCGAUCCUUCCCUUUUCUCCUUCCUCAAGGUCUUACCAUCCCCUUCCGAACCCAUUGA